GGUGCCACUUCCACUCUUCCACGAAGCUCCUCCCCCUCCCAGCCCGCCGCCACCCGGCUGUGUUGGACCGGAGAGACUCGGUGUUGGACCGGAGAGACUCGGUGUUGGACCGGAGAAACUCGGUGUUGGACCGGAGAAACUCUGUGUUGGACCGGAGAGACUCGGUGUGGAACAUCCGCAGCAGCAGCAGCAGCAGCAGCAGCAGCAGCAUGAUGGCGUCUGACGGCCUGGACGAGAGAUCCCCGCUGCUGUCCACCCCCACCUCGCCCCCCUACCUGCAGGAGCCCAGUCCCGGAGCGGAACUACCUCCCCCUUACACGGCCAUCGCCAGCCCGGACGCGAGCGGCGUGCCGGUCAUCAACUGCCGCGUGUGCCAGUCGCUCAUCCAGCUGGACGGCAAGCUGCACCAGCACGUGGUCAAGUGCACGCUGUGCAACGAGGCCACCCCCAUCAAGAACCCGCCCACGGGGAAGAAGUACGUGAGGUGUCCCUGCAACUGCCUGCUCAUCUGCAAAGACACGUCCAGGAGGAUAGGAUGUCCUCGACCCAACUGCAGACGCAUCAUCAACCUGAGCCCCGUGGUGGUCGUCCCUGAGGAGCAGCCAGCCCAGCCUGCCCUGCCCCUGCAGCCUGAGGGCACGCGUGUGGUCUGUGGACACUGCGGCAACACUUUCCUGUGGAUGGAGCUGCGCUUCAACACCUUGGCCAAAUGUCCCCACUGCAAGAAAAUCUCGUCAGUGGGCAGUGCUCUCCCUAGGAGGCGAUGUUGUGCUUACAUCAGCGUGGGAAUGAUGUGCAUCUUCAUUGGAGUGGGACUAACUGUGGGAACGCGAGACUUGGCCGCCCGCUACAGCGCCACCUACGUGUCCUGGGUCUUGGCCUACUUGCUGGGUCUGGUCUGCUUGCUGCGUGCUUGCUACUGGGGAGCCAUCACUGUCAGCCACCAUGAGAACUGCUUUGCCUGAACACCACACCUCUAACACCAGCUGCAGCACCUCUAACACCAGGUGGAAGACCUCUAACACCAGGUGGAAAACCUUUAACACCAGGUGGAAGACCUUUAACCCCAGGUGGAAGACCUCUAACACCAGGUGGAAGACCUCUAACACCAGGUGGAAGACCUCUAACACCAGGUGGAAGACCUCUAACACCAGGUGGAAGACCUCUAACACCAGGUGGAAGACCUCUAACACCAAGUGGAAGACCUCUAACACCAGGUGGAAGACCUCUAACACCAGGUGGAAGAUCUCUAACACCAGGUGGAAGACCUCUAACACCAAGUGGAAGACCUCUAACACCAGGUGGAAGACCUCUAACACCAGGUGGAAGACCUUUAACACCAGGUGGAAGACCUCUAACACCAGGUGGAAGACCUCUAACACCAGGUGGAAGACCUCUAACACCAAGUGGAAGACCUCUAACACCAGGUGGAAGACCUCUAACACCAGGUGGAAGACUUCUAACACCAGGUGGAAAUGAAGCGCUCCCUCCAGGAUCUUGUCAUGUGACUUCUUCUUCUUCUUCUUCUUCUUCUUGUUUGUUUUCAUCAACUUGAUGACGUCAUCAAUAAUUGGAACCGGAACAUUUAACAUACACAAUUAGAGCAAAAAAGCUAGCAUAAAACGUUAGCAUGCUAACAUAAGAGACGUUAGCCUACUUCCAAGAUGGCGCCAAGUAUAAAACAACAUGAUUUUUAAGUUAAAACAUAUAAAAAUUAGCUAAAAAAGUUAGCAUGCUAACAUUAGCAUGCUUACAUAAGAGACAUUAGCCUACUUCCAAGAUGGCGCCAAGUACCAAAGACCAUGAUUUUUAGGUUAAAACAUACAAAAUUAGCUAAAAAUCUAGCAUAAAACAUUAGCAUGCUAACAUAAGAGACAUUAGCCUACUUCCAAGAUGGCGCCAAGUAUCAAAAAUCAUGAUUUUUAGGAUAAAACAUUCAAAAUUAGCUAAAAAGUUAGCAUGCUAACGUUAGCAUGCUAACUUAAAAGACGUUAGCCUACUUCCAAGAUGGCGCCAAGUAUAAAAAAUCAUGAUUUUUAGGAUAAAACAUUCAAAAUUAGUUAAAAAGUUAGCAUGCUAACAUUAGCAUGCUAACAUAAAAGACGUUAGCCUACUUCCAAGAUGGCGCCAAGUAUCAAAAAUCAUGAUUUUUAGGAUAAAACAUUCAAAAUUAGCUAAAAAGUUAGCAUGCUAACAUUAGCAUGCUAACAUAAAAGACGUUAGCCUACUUCCAAGAUGGCGCCAAGUCUCAAAAACCAUGAUUUGUAGGUUAAAACGUACAAAAUUAGCUAAAAAGCUAGCAUAAAACAUUAGCAUGCUAACAUAAGAGACGUUAGCCUACUUCCAAGGUGGCGCCAAGUAUCAAAAACCAUGAUUUUUAGGUUAAAACCUACAAAAAUUAGCUAAAAAAGUUAGCAUGCUAACAUAAAAGAUGUUAGCAUACUUCAAAGAUGGCGCGAAGUAUCAAAAAGCAUGAUUUUUAGGUUAAAACGUACAAAAUUAGCUAAAAAGCUAGCAUAAAACAUUAGCAUGCUAACAUAAGAGACGUUAGCCUACUUCCAAGAUGGCGCCAAGUAUCAAAAACCAUGAUUUUUAGGUUAAAACAAACAAAAAUUAGCUAAAAAAGUUAGCAUGCUAACAUAAAAGACGUUAGCAUACUUCAAAGAUGGCGCGAAGUAUCAAAAAGCAUGAUUUUUAGGUUAUGAACAUAAGAGACGUUAGCCUACUUCCAAGAUGGCGCCAAGUAUCAAAAACCAUGAUUUUUAGGUUAAAACGUACAAAAUUAGCUAAAAACCUAGCAUAAAACAUUAGCAUGCUAACAUAAGAGACGUUAGCCUACUUCCAAGAUGGCGCCAAGUAUCAAAAUCCAUGAUUUUUAGGUUAAAACGUACAAAAUUAGCUAAAAAGCUAGCAUAAAACAUUAGCAUGCUAACAUAAGAGACGUUAGCCUACUUCCAAGAUGGCGCCAAAUAUCAAAAUCCAUGAUUUUUAGGUUAAAACAUACAAAAAUUAGCUAAAAAAUUUAGCAUGCUAACAUAAGAGACGUUAGCCUACUUCAAACAUGGCGCCAAGUAUCAAAAAGCAUGAUUUUUAGGUUAAAACAUACAGAAAUUAGCUAGAAAAGUUAGCAUGCUAACAUUAGCAUGCUUACAUAAGAGACGUUAGCCUACUUCCAAGAUGGCGCCAAGUAUCAAAAAGCAUGAUUUUUAGGUUAAAACAUACAAAAAUUUGCUAAAAAAGUUAGCAUGCUAACAUUAGCAUGCUGGCUAAUGAAAUGUGCAACAAACAUAAACACAUGUUUGUACACUACAUUACCCAGAAGCCUUAGCGCCGUAGACAGGAAGAGGAAGUAGAUGUGAGCAGGAGAGGUAGAAACGUUGUUGACGUCCCUGCUCCAACUCCAAGUUAGGACUCGAGCAGGGAUCCUCCAACUGUGCCACACCAGCUCCAUCUAGUGGUACGCCAAAUAACCACCCGAGUCAAUAUUCUACACACAGUGUUACUGUUCAAUAACAGCUCUUAAUGGCUACUACGUCGCUAUGGUGACGUCCUGGAGGGACAGAAACAUCCCCAAACAAAACAUCAGAAAAUAUGUCAAAAUGGACUUCCUGCUAGAAGCUGCACACUGACUACUUUAAACAUAGUUUAAGUAUGUUUAUUUAUUUCAACACCUUUUUUUAUUUCUAAGCAGCUUUUAUCAAUAAAACCCCC